AAAUAAAUAAAAGGGUUCAUCUCCAUGGAGGGAUGGAUGGACCGUGGUGUAUGUUUUUUUGUCUUUGUGGAGAACUCUGCAAGGCCUGAAAACCCUAUUUAGAGAGUCGGUUUUAGGGUUUCUCUUCCAAUUGUUUUUCACAAAUCGCAAUUGCUAGGUUCAAUUUAUUUGUAGAAUUAUAACAUUCAGUCCCACAAGUUAUAAAGGAAUUAGUUAUUCAAGGACCUUUUAUUCACAAUGGAUUCACCUGAACGUAGUCGGAGCUAUGUGAAGCGAGACACUGAGGAUAGCUCAGAUGUGAAGAGUGAUAGAGCAGGGGAUGAUGAAGAAUGGGAUGGCAGUGAUAAGAGGAGACAUAGGUCCAGCAAGUCUAGGAGGUCGAGCAAUGGAGAAGAUGCUGAAGGAUUAGAUGGCAAUGGGAGAAGAAGAAGUUCUGCUGGGGACAGGAACGAAAGUCGUAAGAGAUCAGGUGGUGGUUCUAGCAGAGCAGGUAGUGAUGAUGAUGAUUAUGAUACAAGAAAAGAGUUGCGCUCAAAGCAAAUAAAGAAGAAACAAGAGGAAAGUAGCUUGGAAAAGCUGAGCAGUUGGUACCAGGAUGGAGAAUUAGAGAGCAGGCAGGUUGCAGAAAAGUCUGGAACUAAAGGGCACAGUCGGGCUGAUGAAAGUGAGAGAAGGAAAAUGACAUCAAGGAUCUCAGAACAUGAGAGUUCACGUGGUGGAAACAAAAGUAAAGAAGAAAGAUCCCAUGAUGGAGAACAUGAUAAGCCGCAGGACAGAGAUUCCAGAUACUCAGAUAGGAGGGAAAGCAGCCGAGAGAAGGCUCACGGUUCUACUGAGCUAGGAAGAACUUCUAGGAGGAGAUGGGAUGAAUCUGAUGCUGGAAAGAGAACUGAAGAAAGUCAUCAUGAAAAGGCUGAUCUCAGAAGUGGAAAGAGUUCUGAUUCCAAACAUGAAAAUUCUAAAGAGAGAAGCACAUCCACAAGAAAUGAACCCAGUGAUAGUAAAAGCAGGGGUUUUGAUUCCAACAAUGAGAAGGGUGUGAAAGCCAACAACAGAGAAGAAAGAAGAGCUGAUGGAGAGAGGAACAAGAGCAAAAGCAGGUCAGAAGCUGUAGAAGAGGAAGAUAAAGGUAGUCCUAUUGCUCGUGAAGACAGAUCAGGUCGGCAGAAGAGUGAGAAACAUAGACAGCAGAGAACUUCCACUAGUAGGGAUGCUGUUGAAAGCCGUGAAAGGUCUUCGAAUGCAGAUGAAGAUGGAAAUACGUGGGUAAGAGAUAAAAGUGCUAGAGAAGUGGGGCACUCGAACAGGUCUAGAACCCCUGAGAGGAGUGUAAGGCGUCAUCAAGAAUCACAGUAUUCUGAAACGGAGUAUGAAAGAAGCUCAGACAUCAGGAGGAAGGAGCCAGAGAAAGAUGUUCACAGGGAUGAUAGAUCAAAGGGCAGAGAUGACAGCUGGAAUGACAGGAAUAGAGAUCGAGAAAGUUCCAAAGAUAGUUGGAAAAGAAGGCAGUCCGCUGGUAAUGAUAGAGAGUCAAAAGAUGGAGAUGUUUAUGAUCGUGGCAGAGAUUGGGAGCCAAGACAUGGUCGUGAAAGGAGUGACAAUGAAAGGCCUCAUGGUCGAACCAGGGGUGAAGCUGUAAAAACAUCAUCAAAUUUUGGAAUUUCAAAUGAGAAUUAUGAUGUGAUAGAGAUCCAAACUAAGCCUCUUGAUUAUGGACGAGCAGAGUCUGGAUCCAACUUUGCCAGGAGAAGUGAGCUUGGUCAGCAAUCUGAUGGGAAAUCAGCAUCAAAAGCUGAAGAGUGGGCACAUAUUCGUGAUGAAAGAGCAAGAAGAAAUGAUUUAUAUGGUUCUACAGCUUCUGCUGAUGAUACAAAGGAGAGGUAUGCUGAUGAAGGUGUGUCUAUGCGAGAUCCAAGUCCAUGGAGGGAUGAAAUAGACUACCAGGCAGGGAAAGGAAGAGGUCAGAGAGGGGGUAUGUCUGGUCGAGGUGCCGGUGGCCAUAGUUCCAGCGGUGGUCCACAGCCUCCAUAUGGAAACCAGGAACUAGGGUCAUUCUCUAGAGCUCCUCCACAGGGAGUAAAAGGGAGCAGGGUUGGAAGAGGAGGAAGGGGUAGGCCGACUGGUAGAGACAACCAACAGGUGCCCCUGCCCAUAAUGGGAUCGCCUUUUGGGCCUAUUGGAGUCCCACCACCUGGACCUAUGCAGCCACUUGGCCCUAGUAUGUCACCUGCUCCGGGUCCUCCAAUUUCACCAGGUGUCUUUAUACCAUCAUUUUCUCCUCCUGUAGUUUGGCCUGGGGCUAGAGGCGUAGAGAUGAACAUGCUAGGAAUGCCACCAGCUCUCUCUCCUGUUCCUCCUGGACCAUCAGCCCCAAGAUUUCCACCUAACAUGGGUACUCCUCCACCAAAUCCUGCAAUGUUUUUUAAUCAGGCAGGACCUGGAAGAGGAGUGCCUCCGAACAUGUCUGGUCCUGGUUUUAAUGCUGCAGGACCAAUAGGAAGAGGAACACCUCCUGAUAAGAGCUCAUGUGGCUGGGUUCCUCCUAGAAAUAAUGGACCUCCUGGUAAAGCCCCUUCAAGAGGAGAGCAGAAUGAUUACUCGCAGAAUUUUGUAGAUACUGGUAUGCGACCCCAGAAUUUUAUCAGAGAGCUGGAGCUUACUAAUGUUGUAGAGGAUUACCCCAAACUCAGGGAGCUUAUACAGAAAAAGGAUGAAAUUGUGGCCAAAUCUGCCUCUGCACCCAUGUACAUGAAAUGUGACCUACAUGAGUUUGAACUCUCUCCGGAUUUUUUUGGAACCAAGUUUGACGUAAUCCUGGUGGACCCCCCUUGGGAAGAAUAUGUUCAUCGAGCUCCUGGUGUAGCUGACCAUAUGGAGUAUUGGACAUUUGAAGAAAUUUUAAAUCUCAAGAUUGAGGCAAUAGCAGAUACACCUUCUUUUAUCUUCCUUUGGGUGGGCGAUGGUGUGGGACUUGAGCAAGGGCGUCAAUGUUUAAAGAAGUGGGGAUUUCGGAGAUGUGAGGAUAUUUGUUGGGUGAAGACCAACAAAAGCAAUGCAACUCCAGGGCUGCGGCAUGAUUCUCACACUCUGUUUCAGCACUCAAAGGAACACUGCUUGAUGGGUAUAAAAGGAACUGUACGUCGCAGCACUGAUGGGCAUAUAAUCCAUGCGAACAUUGAUACAGAUGUAAUUAUAGCGGAGGAACCUCCUUACGAUGAGCAUUUAUUAAGAGGGGUUAGUGCCAAUGGAAUUGCAGGUUCAACUCAAAAGCCUGAAGAUAUGUACCGUAUAAUUGAGCAUUUCUCCCUUGGCCGCAGAAGGCUUGAACUUUUUGGUGAAGACCACAAUAUUCGCUCUGGUUGGUUGACUGUUGGUAAAGGACUAUCUUCAUCAAAUUUCAAUGCUGAGGCAUAUGUCAGGAAUUUUGCUGACAAGGAUGGGAAAAUCUGGCAAGGAGGUGGUGGACGAAAUCCUCCCCCUGAGGCUCCUCAUCUCGUCAUGACUACCCCUGAAAUAGAGUCUCUAAGGCCAAAGUCACCAAUGAAGAACCAGCAGCAGCAACAACAGUCGGCAUCCAUUUCUCUCACUACGGCCAAUUCUUCCAGUAGGAGGGCAGCUGGAAAUUCUCCUCAGAAUCCAAGCACUUUUUUAAACCAAGAAGCAUCUAGCUCUAACCCUUCAACUCCUGCUCCAUGGGCUUCUCCAAUGGAGGGCUUUAGAGGACGAGAAAGUGGGAAUAUGCCUUUAGAAGACAAACUUUUUGAUAUGUAUGGGUACGGUGGGCAGCCAAAUGGGGAGUACUUAGAUUUUGAGUCUCACAGAUCAAUGAAUUUGUUGUAACAAACACGUUUCAAAUAAUUGUUUUGUUCCAUUCCCUGUAAUUUUUGGUUUUUCCCAGCUAAAAAAUAGAUGGAAAGGGAUGCCAUUCUAUA